AUCAAACCCAAACCCAAACCCGGAUCUAUUCCCCAUCCUCUCCAGCUCCGGCGCCGGCGAUGGCGAUGGCGGAUCCUCGGGCGUGGAACCCCAACUACGGUGUGGUGGGCAGCGGCGACCGCCGGCUGGCCUACUCCCGCCAGCCCUCCUUCUCCUCCUCCCCGCGCCCGGGCCCCGGCCUCGCCCGCUCCGACUCCUCCAUCUCCAUGCCCGCGCCCCUCGCGCAGCCGCCCAAGGCACCUGACGUCCGGUACCGCUGGCUCGCCACCCGCCCGAUGCGCCGCCUCGCGCUCCUGCUCGCCCUCAACGCCGCCUACUCCGCCGUGGAGCUGGCCGUGGGCCUCCUCACGGGGCGCGUGGGCCUCGUCUCCGACGCCUUCCACCUCACCUUCGGCUGCGGCCUGCUCUCCUUCUCCCUCUUCGCCAUGGCCGCCUCCCGGACCAAGCCAGACUCCACAUACACCUACGGGUACAAGAGAUUGGAGGUCCUCGCCGCCUUCACCAAUGCCCUGUUCCUGCUGUUCAUGUCUUUCUCCUUGGCUGUCGAAGCGCUGCACUCGUUUAUGCAGGAUGAGUCCGAGCACAAGCAUUACCUCAUUGUUUCUGCAGUCACAAACCUUUUGGUCAACUUACUUGGUGUCUGGUUCUUCCGGAGCUAUGCUCGUGUUAACAUAGUGUACAGGAAAGCAGAGGAUAUGAACCAUCACUCCAUCUGUUUGCAUGUUCUGGCAGAUUCAGUGCGGAGUGCAGGCUUGAUACUAGCUUCUUGGUUUCUUUCAUUGGGGAUUGAGAACGCAGAGGUGUUGUGCCUGGGAAUAGUUUCGGUGGCGGUGUUCAUGCUUGUUAUGCCUCUGUUCAAAGCCACGGGCAAUGUCCUGCUGCAGAUUGCGCCUGGCAACGUGCCACCUUCAGCCUUCAUCAAGUGCGGCAGACAGAUUACUGCUUGUGAGGAUGUCUCUGAGGUAUCCCAGGCUCGGUUUUGGGAGCUUGUGCCUGGUCAUGCCGUUGGUUGCCUCUCCAUCCGGCUCAAGAAUAGCAGUGAUGAUGAAUCGGUGCUCGAAUACGUGCAUGGACUGUACGAGGAUCUAGGGAUACAUGACCUGACCAUCCAGACCGAAAAAUCUUAGAUACAGAUACUUUCUCUUGCCUAGUGGAUCUAGUCUUUUUCUUUACGUGGUAGAAAUAGACCAAGAAAUUCUGGAAGCUGUCUUGUGUUUGUUUGUUUAUGCUACUAUUCUAGUCACUCGGUGUGGCAUGCAAAUUUCAAAUCUUGCUCUGAUUACGGAUAUCACCAACCCAACCGUCUUUCGAAGUUGGAUUGUUGUGAAAUCACAAUUUUUUUAUUUUAUUUUA